AUGAAAUUAGAUGACUUAUGUAUUAUUAAUGGAGAAUACAAACUCCUAUAUAUUCUUGGAAGAGGAGCAUAUGGUACCGUAUAUAAAGCUGUAAAGAUAGAUAAUAAAGAACCAAAAAUGACUAGUAAUAGAGAAGAUAUAAAUAAUUUAGAUUAUAAUUUAAGAUCAAAUAAUAAAUAUAUUAGCAAAAAAGAAUAUACCUAUGAACUUUCAAUACCAAAAUAUUAUGCUAUAAAAGUUUUUGAUAAAAAGUUAACAAAUAAAGGAAUACAUCCAAGUAUAUUGAGAGAAAUUGGAUUACUCAAAGAAUUACAUGAAUAUAAUUUUGAUGGAAUUAUUAGAUUAGAACAAAUAGUUGUUUGUGAUCAAAGAAUAUGUGCUGUAUAUGAAUAUGGAGGUUCUACAUUACAGUCAUAUAUCGAAAAGAACGCAAAUAAUCUGAAUUUGAUUGAUGGUAUAUAUAUAUCAUAUCAGAUUAUAAAAUCUGUGAAUUUUCUCCAUAGCAUUGGUAUUGUACAUCGUGAUCUUAAACCAGAAAAUAUACUUUUCAAUGAAAAUACAAAAAUAGUUAAAAUUGCAGAUUUUGGAUUAGCUCGUACAAUUAGAAAUAAUAAUAAUAUAAAUUUUACAGUAGAUGUUGCAACAUUAUACUAUAAACCACCUGAACUUCUUUCUUUUAAUACUAAUAAUAAAUUGAUAUGUCCAUAUGCAGUUGAUUGUUGGACUAUUGGAGUAGUUAUUUUGGAAUUAUUCACAAUAUUAUGUAAAAAUAGCAAAAAUAAGUCAUAUUUAAGUUAUAAUACAAGGAGUAGCCUUAGUAAAGCUAAUACUAAUACAUGGUUACCAAUUUUUUUUGGAGGAAAUGAAGUAGCUGUAUGUAAUGAAAUUUACAAACUAUUAAAUAUUUCAUGUCAAUUUCAUAUAUUAAAAGAUACUCUUAAACCAUUGAAAGAGAGAUUUCCUGAUAUUUUUAAUUUAAUUUUCCAAUUACUUCAAAUAGAACCUAAAGAAAGGUGUAACUGUGAAUAUGCUAAAUUUGUUGUUGAAAAAAUAAUAAAUAAUCUAACUUCUUGA